AUCGGAGGAGGGUGCAGACAUUUUUUUUAACAUUCUGACAAUUGUAAGCCUUGACGAUGUCUGUCAAACUUUAUAUGACGUCAGUGUCUCCAAACAGAAAGAUCUCCCAGAAUACAAACCGAAUCAAGCAAGUCCUUGGGAGUAAGAAAAUCCCAUUUGAGGAAAUCGACCUGUACAAAAACCCAGAGAGUAGAAACGACAUGGUGGAGAAAAGCGGAAAUCCUGAAAUAUUACCCCCUCAACUCUUCAAUGGAGACACCUAUUGCGGUAAUUUCGAACAGUUUGACGACGCGUUAGAGGAUGGUGUACUGUUGGAGUUUCUUCGCCUCAAGUGAAAUAUAUGUAUAUAUAGGGAAAAGAUAAACAAAUGUUUAGAUGCUUGACUGGAUGUUGAGAAAGGAGGAAUGAUUCAGCCCGAAGCAUCACAACCAUAUCAUCUAUGUCUCGUUUAAAUGUUGAUCGGAGGUCUUCGGAAGUAGUCUACCGAGUGAGAAAGUGUGUACGUUUCGUAACGAAUUUAUCCGAACAGUGCCGACAAUGCCCGAUUGCUUCGUCACCAAGUUUUAUACGACGUAACAUAACUGAGAUAAGAACUUUGAAGCAACCGUUCUGAUGUAACGCCAGUUCCACAUACAUUCAUGUCUUAUGUUAAUUAUGUUUUGUCUGCCAUGUCCUACAAAUGUACAGAGAUAUUAUAUAAAACAGUGCUGAAGACAUCAGGAGUUUUGUACGAAACAUGUUGAACAAAAAUUGUGAUAUUACGUCUCAAUUCCUUCAAUAUCGUCAAUGUAUACACCACAUUAUUUCAAAGAAAUUUCUUAAAACGCGACAUUUUCCUGGACACUCUGUUUUAUGUCAUUGAUACAUUCUGCAGUUUCGUCAAAAUAUUAAUUAUUCGUUACAAAUUCAGUAUAUCUGUGAUUAUAACAAAGUAAAACCAGCACUUUGGGCAUAUACAUAUGUAGAAUGUGCAUUUAAAUUCUUACAUAUAUAUACAUCCAUACAAACUUUAAGUCAACUGAUCAAAAGAUAAAUCGGAUCGGAAAACUACCCUUCUCACUAUACAGCAAAACAUAUUUAUAUGUGCUUUUAAAUUGUAUAAUUUGUUUUUGUUUUUUUUUCUAAAUUAUUAAUUAUAUAUCAUGACUAGACGCUUGAUGAGUGAAAUGAAUAUUGAAAUAUCGAAAGAGAACUAAGAAUGAUGUUUGUUAGCCCUGUUUAUUUUGUUAACACGACAUAUACGUCUAAAUCGUUCACGAUUUGUAAAUCUAUAUAUUUGUACAGUAAGAAUAGUUACACCUUUAGAAAAUCGUGACACAGUAAAGGUUGGUUUUGUUCAUGGUCCAAAUUCGAAGUUUUACCAAAAAAUAAAGCAAAAUGGUGUAUUUUAAACAAAUUUUAUGAAGCAGACUCUAGUUUCCUGCUUUUUAUUGUUAACAUAAUUAUUUAUCGCGAUUGUAUUCCGUUCUCAAAAACAGCGAAAAAUUAAAACUGUCUGGAAUGAUAUUUACAGUACAAGGAAGGACAAAGACCAUGGAAACAAGUCACAUAUAUUGUAUCGUGUGAAUGUUUUCUCGAUUUUUACUAUGAAACUUUGUCUCCAUUGCUAUUAUAUACACCGAUGCAUAUUUGAUCAAAUUAUUCAUGAUUUAUUAGUGGGAGCAAAUUUAUAUCGAGAACAAUUUAAUUAUAUUUCACAUCUAAGACGUGAUGUGUAUUUGUAAAAUCGCUUAUUUGUUAUCUAAAAUCACUGAUAUUAUUUCAGAAAUAUGUCUGUAAUCGUGUAACUCUAAAUAUUUGUUUUAAUACCCUUUUAAAUAAAUGUGUUUUGUGCUAACA